CUCCCAGGAAGCAUCACACUCGUUCCUGCAUCCGCCCGGCGCGGUAAUUGUCAGUUACUAUUGCUAUCUCCCUGACCAUGCUGUGAUAUUGUCCGUUCUUUCAAUUCUGCAGUCAAUCUCAGCUCAACGCCAUGGCCGCAAAACCUCGCCCGUACCGGCGCAUUCUCACCUCUGCGCUGCACCGGAGGUUUGUCCAUGCUUCGGCAUUGUCGUUACUAGUCUGUUACGCAAUCUCGGUUUUGAUCGGCGACAAAUCUUCUCUAUUCUGGGCCCUGUUUCCGCUCGGAUCAUGCGGUAUCCGCACCAUUCUCCUCUUCAUAUCCCCUCUCGCCAUCUUUGUUUUGCGAGUGGGUCAGAUGCACAUUGGCUCAAGAACGACAAGCUCUUCUCUUAACACUUUCCACUACCUUUUCCCACUUCACGUGAUUCAGACUUUUGGGUGGUACAUCUUCUCUGCAUGGUGGUUCAGUGAGCUAUACAAGUGGUCUGCGCCUACUAGCGCACAUCUGGAAUGGGUGAAACGUGGCAGCCCUCAUGAGCGGGCAACUUUGAACGAAAGGACCAUCUAUAUCUAUACGUACCACUUACUCUUAGCCAUUGCGCAGUCGCUUGCCCAUUUAUACAACGAUUACGAUCGUGUCCCCAUUGCCAUCACAGACAAGCCCGUCGGCGGCGCUGAUCAGAAAACUCAUCCGACGCAGCCUAUUUCAAAGCGUCUUCAGGAAGGGCUACAUCAGACUCUGAGGGAUGGGCUUUUCAGGAGUACGGUUGUCGCACUUGUAUGUCCGGUGGCCUACGUCUUCUUUCUCCGACGCCGAGCAUGGACCUACACCAUGUCCUUUGCCAAAUUAUUCUGGGAUUUCCCUAGGUCUGCCGCUGACCCUCCGAGCCUCAUCCUUCCUGUCAAGCCACCCCUGAUUGCGCGGACAAUUUUCUCUGGCGCACUCCUGGUUCUAUGUUGGCAGACCACCAACCUGUUCUUUUCUAUGUUUCUAAGCCAGGAACCUGUGAAGCGGGGCCAGCCAUUGACCUCGGGGGCCAAAGACCCAACCGGAAGCUUGCUGAACGGUUUGAAAGCGAAGAAGGAAACUGUUCGCGCGUUUGCCUUUUGGGAAUUGUGCUUCAUUAGCCAGCAGUUCCCUGACCGACGAAAGGCGAUAUUCAACGACAUCGACCGCGAAGGUGGAUCUGCUUGGACCCAAAUUAUGCAAUCAGCCACGGAGGUAAUCCAAGGCAUCACAAGCCGGAUAAAUGAGCAAAAGUUGGGCCCUGCGAAAUCUAAGCCAUCGCCAGCUGAAACCAAAUCCGAGCCCACCCUUCGCACCCUGCCCCGACUCACCGAUCCUGUUAAAGAGGGCAACAUCUUCGCCGCUUCUCCGAGAUCCACUACCACAAACGGUAGACUCGGUGAGGGAUUCAGUAGCACGUUGAGAUCACUUGGAGAAUCUCCGGACUGGACACCCAAGGCCCGCGCCCGAGCCCGCGACGUGUUUGACCGCGCCUCGUCUGCUGUUCUCAGCCCAGAACGCAAACAAAAACUUCUCUCUUCAUCCCAGGACUUCAAACUCCUCACCGGUGCUUCAUCCACCAGACCCGAGAGCAUCCACCCCUUCCUCGCCCAGCUUCUCCGCUCCCCCAUCGGCCUUCUUAUCCGCCAACCCUUCGCCCGCCGUUUGUCGGGUAUUGUGCUCGGCACCCCCACUGCCUCUCUCUCCUCCAUAAUCGAUGCCAUCGAGUCCAUCACCCGCCUCCUCAUCGCCUCCCUCAACGAGGACCCUUACGGCAAAGUCCAAGCCGACGUCCCUGCCAUCGUCAGCCUCUUCACUGAAACACUCACCACGCUAGACACCUACGCCCAUGUAGAGUUAGAUGUGCACUGGACAGAUGCUGCGUUUCCGCCGUCAAAUGACCCUGCUGCCCAGGCUGCUGCAAGGAGGGUUCCUGAUGUCGAGCUCAUUAUUGAUUCGCUUAGAGCUUCACUGAAGAGUCUUUUGACCGCGUUUAGUCCUUACUUUAAGGAUGUUGGGCUUGUAGGGAAGGAAUUGAGGUUGGCGAAGGGGGCUGCGGGGUUUGAUGAGGAGUGAGAGACUUGACUCACCUACUUCGGGCCUAAAGGAUAUUGAAUACAAUCUCAUUUCACAUUUACUUGGACUAUACAUUGGUGAACCUGGAGAUUUGUACAAAGUUAUGGCUUCAAACAGAAAAGUCAUAACCGGUACACGUGUAUCUGCACUGCAUUGCUGGCGUUGAUUUUCUCAUUCGGAGUUUCCAUGAUUACUGCUCGUCAUUGAUCUUAUCUAGUCUAAAAUUACGACGGAAAAUUAAAGUACGCCAUUAAAGUCUUUUG